AUGGAAGGAUAUUGGUUUCUCAAGGAUCCUGGAUCUACUCACCUAUCCGACAAAAAAAGACUUGAUAGGAAGGCUAUCAAAAGGAAAGCCCCCCUGAAGGACUGGGUAAAACUUAACUUCGAUGGAGCAUGUAAAAGGAAUCGUGGGGAUUUUGGUUUUGGAGCUAUUAUUAGAAAUGAGCGCGGGAAACUUCUUUAUGGGAUCUAUGGUGGUCUAGGUUUUGCUACCAAUAAUGAGGCGGAGCUUCGAGCACUGGAAGUUGGGCUGCAUCUUUGUGUCCAAAUGGGGAUCUCCAAGGUUAUCAUUGAGGGAGACUCGCAAAUAAUUAUAAACAAUAUUAUUAAAUCUAAUUUUCAAAAUUGGAAAUUGCGCAAAUGGUUGCCACGCAUCAACAAUCUCUUGGACACAAUUGGGAAUUUUGAAAUCAACCACUCAUUCAAGGAAGGUAACCGAAUGGCAGAUUAUUUGGCAAACUUGGGAGUCGGUAAAAAUGUUGAAAUUAUCAUUUUCAUCCAGAUUUAUGCAUCAGAGAGCAUCAUUGAGCAAAUUCUGAAGGAUAUUCCUGACUCACCACGCGAGGGUAUUGGAUAA